AUGGGUCGUGGAGUUAGUGCAGGUGGUGGACAAAGUUCUUUGGGAUACCUUUUUGGUAGUGGAGAGGCUCCGGCUCCAAAGCCAGCCACUAACAAUGCUCCAGCUCCUCCGGCUGAGACUCUGCCCGUAGGAAAUGCUGAUCCUUCACCUACGCCUGCACCUGCACCUGUUGCUGCUCAGCCAGUUAACGUUGCCGGGCAGAUACCUGCUGGUACCAACAACUCCUCUACAAACAACUACAUUCGUGCUGAUGGACAGAACACUGGCAACUUCCUCACGGACCGGCGAUCGACCAAGGUUCAUGCACCCCCUGGAGGUGGCUCAUCUCUGGAUUACCUCUUAGGUGGUGGUGGUGGCGGAAGUAACUAG